AUGAGGACUUACCUACUACUAUUCAUCUGGACUUACAUGUUCCAUGUGGUUGACACCCUCCCACUCCAAGAAAAAGCUCACAGUCAUUUGCCAAGUGGAAAGAUUGUGGGUCUGACAAAGGAUGGUGGUAAAAUUCUACGUCGCACCAAGCGAGGCUGGAUGUGGAAUCAGUUCUUCUUGUUGGAAGAGUACACAGGCACAGACACACAAUAUGUAGGCAAGCACAUCGGCAUCACAAUAGCAACUCUUAACAUGGGUCUUGGUUUGCUCUGCCAGGAGGAUUCCCAGUCUCUGUACGGGCUUCACUUCCCUGCAGUAAAAUGCUUCCAGAGACAGAAAGCUAGCAUUCAGGGUACAUCUGUUAUCCAAGUGACCGCAACAGAUGCGGAUGACGCCAACUAUGGAAAUAGUGCCAAAGUGGUGUACAGCAUAUUGCAAGGACAGCCAUAUUUUUCAGUGGACCCAGAAUCAGGCAUAAUAAAAACUGCAUUACCAGACAUGAGCAGAGAAAACAGAGAGCAGUACCAGGUGGUUAUACAGGCCAAAGACAUGGGCGGCCAGAUGGGAGGCCUUUCUGGGACCACCACAGUGAAUAUCACUCUGACAGAUGUCAACAACAACCCUCCUCGCUUCCCCCAGAGUACGUAUCAGUUUAAUUCUCCUGAGUCCGCGCCUCUCGGAACUCAUCUUGGAAGGAUAAAAGCCAACGACCCUGACUUGGGGGAAAACGCUGAGGUGGAGUAUCGCAUUACUGACGGCGACGGCGCAGACAUGUUCGAUGUCAUCACCGACCAGGAUACGCAGGAAGGGAUUAUAACUGUCAAACAGAAUUUAGAUUUUGAGCACAAAAUGCUGUAUACUUUAAGAGUGGAUGCAAGUAACACCCACCCAGACCCACGAUUCUCACACCUGGGACCCUUCAAAGACACAGCUGUGGUCAAAAUAUCUGUGGAAGACAUAGAUGAGCCUCCUGUGUUCAGCAAAAUUUCUUAUUUGAUUGAAGUAGAUGAGGAUGUAAAGGAGGGAAGCAUCAUUGGCCAGGUGACAGCAUAUGAUCCAGAUGCCAGGAACAAUUUAAUAAAAUACUCAGUUGAUCGGCAUACUGAUAUGGAUCGUAUUUUCAGUAUCAACUCAGAAAAUGGCUCUAUUUUCACACUGAAGCCCCUUGACCGGGAAUCUUCCCCUUGGCACAACAUCACCGUCACAGCCACAGAAAUAAAUAAUCCAAAACAAACUAGCCAUAUUCCUGUCUUCAUCAGAAUUCUAGAUAUAAAUGACCAUGCUCCAGAAUUUGCCAUGUACUAUGAAACAUUUGUUUGUGAAAAUGCAAAACCUGGGCAGUUGAUUCAGACUGUCAGUGUCAUGGACAAGGAUGAUCCUCCCCGAGGUCACAAAUUCUUCUUUGAACAAGUGCCAGAAUUUCCUCUCAAUCCCAACUUUACGAUUAUAGACAAUAAAGAUAAUACAGCAGGAAUCAUGACUCGAAAGGAUGGGUACAGUCGCAACAAAAUGAGCACCUAUCUACUGCCAAUUUUAAUCUUUGACAACGAUUAUCCAAUUCAAAGCAGCACUGGCACGCUCACUAUCCGGGUGUGUGCCUGUGAUAAUCGAGGAAACAUGCAGUCCUGCACGGCAGAGGCCUUGAUCCUCUCGGCUGGCCUGAGCACGGGAGCUCUCAUCGCCAUCCUGCUCUGUGUCCUCAUACUACUUAUUCUAGUCGUGCUGUUUGCUGCCUUGAAGCGGCAAAGGAAAAAGGAGCCCCUGAUCAUUUCUAAAGACGACGUCCGGGACAACAUCGUGACCUACAACGAUGAAGGCGGCGGGGAGGAAGACACCCAGGCCUUCGACAUUGGCACUCUCAGGAAUCCAGAAGCAAGGGAAGACAGCAAACUUAGACGAGAUGUUAUGCCUGAAACUAUUUUUCAGAUCAGGAGGACUGUGCCUCUGUGGGAAAAUAUUGAUGUGCAAGAUUUUAUUCAUCGAAGAUUAAAAGAAAACGACGCAGACCCGAGCGCGCCUCCCUACGAUUCCCUGGCGACCUACGCCUACGAAGGGAAUGAUUCCAUAGCAGAGUCGCUCAGUUCUUUAGAAUCUCUCACCGCGGAUUGUAACCAGGAUUAUGAGUACCUCAGUGACUGGGGGCCUCGUUUUAAAAAACUGGCUGAUAUGUAUGGGGGUGAUGAUAGUGACAAAGAUUAA